AUUAAUUUUAAAUACUGCUUCAAGCUGUUGCUCAAGCGUAUUCAAAUUAUUGUGGUCAACUUAGUGUUUCCAUCAAUUACGUUGUCGAACAGUACUGUCAGUAUCAGACCCAGGGUGGUUUUCGCCAAUAACAAGAGUAAGAUCUUGAUUUCUGGAGGGAACUAUAAGCAGUUGAAUGAUUUAAGUAUUCAAUAA